AUGAGUUGUCAACGUAACGCUGGCAAGAUUACAGUGCCGGACGAGUUACGAGAUGUUCUAUUGGAGUUCACGAUCGGCUAUCUGUUGGAGCAACCAGUGGAUAUUAUCGACUACGCCGUAGGUUUUUUCACGCAACUUCGGGAAAGUCGUCAAACUCAGUUGAUUCAAGCCCCUGCGCAGACCGCCUCUUCUACGCCGGACGAGUCUGUCGAGGAAGAACCACCAAUCGGGAGAUUCCAGUACAGGAGAAAGAGUGUUUUUGCGGAAGCUUACAAUCCUGAGGAGGAUGAGGAAGACGAUGGAGUCAAGAUGGUGCAUCCGAAAAGUGACGUGCAACGGCAGAGGCUUGGUGACAGCGUGAAACAUAUUCUCCUGUUUCGUGCUCUAGACGAGGAACAAAUGGCGGACGUGCUAGACGCGAUGUUUGAGAAAAGUGUGCAGUCUGGAGAUUUUAUUAUCCGGCAAGGUGAUGAUGGUGAUAACUUCUAUGUCAUCGAAAGAGGAAAAUUUGAAGUGUACGUGAAAGAUCAAGAUUCGGGAGUGGAAUCCAUGAUACAUACGUACGAUAAUCGUGGUGCUUUUGGUGAACUUGCGCUCCUUUACAAUAUGCCAAGGGCGGCCAGUAUCAAAGCUAUCACGCCUGGCACACUAUGGGCCAUGGAUAGACAAACUUUCCGGCGUAUUUUAUUGAAAUCCGCCUACAAGAAGCGCAAAAUGUACGAAGACCUUAUCAAUAAGGUCCCGAUGCUGAAGCAUCUCGAGCCGUAUGAGCGUAUGAACUUGGCGGAUGCUCUAGUACCAAAACAGUAUUCAGAUGGCGAACAGAUUAUCAAACAGGGCGAUACAGCCGACGGGAUGUAUUUUGUCGAGGAUGGUGUCGUCAGAAUCACCAUAAUAGGAGAUCACGGCCGUGAAAUCGAGAUUAAUAGAGUUCCCGCUGGUGGGUACUUAGGCGAGUUGGCGCUGGUGACACAUAAACCUCGCGCUGCUUCGGCCUACGCUGUGGGCGACGUAAAGCUGGCCUUUUUGGACGUUGAAGCUUUCGAACGCUUACUUGGGCCUUGCAUGGAACUUAUGAAGCGCAAUAUCGACGAUUAUGAAGAUCAACUAGUCAAAAUCUUUGGCAGCAAAGCUAACAUUUCUGAUAUCCGAUGAACUGUUCGCGAGCAGUGAUACGUUGCACUGCUGUACUAAAGAUCCGACACUUUCGUACAGUAAUGUAAAAUGAGCACAAACUUGUACCACCCACUUUAUGAAUCUCAUCCGCGUAUUUUCAAGUAUCAUCUCGAGUCGACUUUCGUAAUGACUGUUCACUUAGACGUAUACCAGUAAGAAUCGUCGUUAAUAGUUACCAAGUUUGUACCUAUGACACACAGUGAAAAGAUAACAAAAAAGAAAAAAACAUAAAAAAAAGAGAGAAAACUAUAGGCACCUCGCCUGGUUUGUAUCUGUAUCACAGUACUGAAGUGAAUUUUCUAAGACUGCAUCAGAUCAAGAAGUAUUAGCCUGUCUUGUCAUGUGCUCGAAAUGUUUACAAAAUAGAAGCCUGAAUACUAAAUAAGAUUUUCAUUGAACUGUUCGUAAAAAAAAAGAUGGAAGCAAAAAAAUACUCGAAGUGAUGCAACGUAUCGACAAACUCAAAGUUCUCAAAUGGUAUAUCUUUAUGCUAUUCUUUAUUCUUGUACUUGAUAACUUAAAGAGCUGUAUUCCAUUUUACUGAAAAUGUCAAGAGUCAAUGAAUUAAAUUAUUUCGUAUACUUCGUUGAUUCAUCGAAGGAGAUACUUUAAGGUAUCUUACAUUCUUCAUAAAGUAGAAUUUUUAUUGAUACAGCUUAUUGUGAAAAUACUAGCUUAGUUAUUAAAUUAUUAGACAAUGAUACAGACACAGAUGAUAAACAUAAUCAUCAAUGUGUUUUUACUAUGAUAACAAUAAAUCAUAGCUGAAACGCUAUGUUAGAAAAAUUAAAAAUGUAAGAAGACAGAGAGCACAACAGGCAAAUUAGAGCAAUUAUUAUUACCUACACGAUUUUUAAAUGCAAACCAACUACUAUUUUCUAUAAGAACAUCAGGCAUUUAUGUUCAUCUUUGGGGAAAGGGGAGGAGGCUGAGAAUGUAAGAGGAAUAUCAUUUCAUAUAUAAUAUUCUUUAGGUAUUUCAUCUAACAAUAUCUAAAUAGAAAUCAUCUUUCUCAUUUUUUUUCUAUAUAUUAAACAGAAUGAUUUUCCUAAUUCUCAUGUUCCUAAUUUUAUGGUUUGCUCUUUACAUGAAUAAAAGAGUAUUAUAAAAUAUACAUACAUAUUUUUGCGUAGCGCACAAUAAAACAUUUAUUUCGUUGUAUGUUACAUAUAUACGCGCACAAAUAGUGUUUGAUCAUUAUUAUUUUAUUUGCAUAUAUUGUUUAUAUUUAUUAAUAUUUAUGAUUAUUUACUACAACGUAAAAUACUUGCUGUAGCGCACAUAACCAAUAUAUUAUACAUCGAAAAACAAUACAUUUUUCGAUAAUCUACUCAAUUGUAUCGAUACACAACAUUCAUGAUAACAUUAUUUUACGAGUGAGUUAUUUUCAAAAAUCAACGCUACACCUUUCCAUGAAAGAAGAUUAAACAAGCACAUUAUUUUUUGUAGAAUUUAGUUACAAUAGUAAAUGUGUUUGCAAUAAUCUAAGAUCACUCUUGAAGAUAUGAAAAAGAAAGAAACAAGUAAGAAUAUCUUCUCAAUUACGUUAUUUUUUUAUUUGUCAAGAUCUUUAUACUCAUUGAUGUUACUUGCAAUAUACUUCAACUUCAAAUAUUUUAUGAUAUCAUUGUGAAAGAAAUGGCUGAGUAAUGUGGCCUCAGAUCAUAUUCAUGUGUGUCUUCAUUGGUGAAUCCUGGUAACAAAAAUCGACCAAAAUAAACCUAUAAAACUAUUUUUGUUACACGUGUAUGAUACACGUUAUACAUGUAUGAUAUACGUCUAGCAUCGUGAUAAAACAAAAAACAGUUUGAACUAAUUUGAACGUUGUGCGAAUAAGUGCGUAUGCUAGUCACUUUUUAACGGUCGUUUAUUUGUCGUGUUUUUUUCUCGACAAAUCGAGAGAAGAAAACGGUCAAAUGUUUUAUUACUAUGAAACAAGAACUAUAUAUUCACUGUGUGACUGAAACUCAAAAGCGACAUGCUUUCUAAAUAAUAUCACAAUCGCAGAGGAGAAAGGAGGAGAAGACUAGUAAUAUGUAAACGGAGAGAAAAUAAUGUACUAGUAGAGAUUGUUAGCGAAAUGUUGUGUUGCUUAAUUUUUGCUUCUGAAUUUUUCUAUUCUUGUUGAAUUUGCUCGUUAUCGAAUUUCUCAGUUUGUAUAAAACAAAUGAUUAAACAUUGAAGAAGCGUAUAUAGAUAAAAUUUUUCUGGUCUGAAUUCUAGCCAUUUGUGCCAUUCUAUUUAGUUGCUUUCGACAAUUCGACGGCAAAGUUUAGCCAUAGUUCUUAGUCUUCCACCGUGUCUCCAGGCUGUGAUAUUAUUUUCGACGAAGUAUUUCAUUCUUUUCAUUCUAGAACUACGUAAUACAAAACACACAAAUGUCUCUUAUUAAUACCGCUUCCAGCAAGAAAAGGAGGAAAAAAUUAAAGAAAAAAAUUAAUAAGAAAUAAAAAAAAAAAUAGGAGAAUAAAAUCUAAAAUCUAUCGUGGAAUCAAGGAAUUUCCAAAAUAUAUCGAACCGAACUUUAUUAACUGUUGUUUGCAUCGUUAAAAUGGGUGAAUCAAAAGUUUUGAUCAUUAUGAAUCGUAACUCAAUCGUUUAUGUCGAAAUAAAAAGAAAUCGAACAAUUAAAAAACAAAAAAUUGUAUACAUACAUAAUACACGUAUAUAAAUAUAAAUAUAGAUAGAUAAAUAGGUGUAUAUAUAUUUAUAUUUAUAUAUAUUUAAUAUAGUGGAAGAUUAUUCUCGCACACCGAAUUGAAAACUAUAUUUAGAAGUACUUAUCUGUAUGUAGCCAACAUUCGGAUAAAUUAAAUGUAAACGCUUAAGUAGAGUUGACUCAAUUUAAAUUUGUCAAGUAUGGUUUAUAUCUAUAAAUGUGGUCUCUCUCUUCUACGUGUUGCGUGUUGCCCUUCUGUGUGUGUGACGACCAAGCCAGUAAAUUUUUAUUCCUUGAUCAGCGUGAAUUGUUAUGAUCAGAUCUUCUCGUCUGUACGAUUGUACGUUUCAUGUCAUCGCUACUGAAAGUAAUCAAAUCGUAUAAAAAAAAGAGAAAAAACCGUAACUAAUUAAACCCGUAAACAAUUAAGUGCGUUGCGAAUGAAUCUCACUUGUAAUACACGUUAUUUUACUGUGCCACACAUGGUUCCUUUACUCAGUUGCUUCCGGAACAGAAAAACAAUCGAUUAUGCCUGAAUUUGAAGUGUACUAGGUUGCUUUAAAUCGGCAUAAUCUAAUUUGUUUAUCGCUAGUCUAGUCGAAAGCGUUUAAAAGAGAAUAUUUCUUGAGUAACUGAGUAUAACAGUUACAAAAAGUUAGGUAAUGGGUUAUCCUAUUGAUUGCAUAUCUUCGAAGCGUUGACAAUAUUAUUCCCAUAAAAAUACAAAAUUCGAUCAAUGAUAUUAUUAUAAUUUGGCAAUAGUGUAAUUUAUCAUAUUUAGGGCAGAAAAUAAUUAUCUGAUCACGAUGAAAUGUCAACGCGUUAAAUAUAUGCAUCAGCAUAAUCCAUCAUGUUCCUCGCGUACUAUUUCCGUUUUUCAUGUAUACUGCUAUCGAUGCUCAUUUUAGAAAAGCCCAUGCUGUUACGAAUUCGCACGCAUGACACUUGUGUAAGUGUAACAGUCUCUCUUAGCAUCGGACCAAAUAUCUGUAAAAAAAAGAAAAAGAAAAAAAAAGAAA